CCGGCGAAAGGUGUAGCAUCCUGUCUUCAAAUAGUUUAAUCAGUUGCAUUAGAAAUGGCCGCUAAGGUUCUUGUCUUCGUUGCGUUGGUGGCGGCCGCUCAAGCCGUACCUAUAUUGUUCACGGGCACAAACGGCUAUUUUCCUGUAUUCAGGAUCGGCCGUUCCCCGAACGUAGCGUUCGGUUUUGGUAGUGGAUUCAGCAGUAACAUCGGUGGUAUCGCACACUCUACCGGCAUCGGGUCCUCCUUCUCCAGCGGUGACGCUGAAGCGUAUGGUUCUGGUGAAGCUGGCAACGGUGGUUACGCCCGCGGCGUCGGUGUAGCUAAUGCUGCACCCAUACAUCCUAUCCCGUACCAACCCUACCGAAGCAACUACGGCUCCGCUGUCUCGUCUGCCCAAAACUUCGGCAACUUCGGAUCCGCGGUCUCGUCAGCUCAAACCCAUAACGGACUCCAGUACGGAUCAGCAGUAUCCGCAGUACAAAACAAUGGGCCCGCCCGUUACCAGUCGGCCGUGUCCUCCGCUCAAAAUGUGAACGGCUACGAAUCUGCAGCCGCCGCUGCGAACAGCAACAACGGCUUGGAAUAUGGAUCCGCGGUGUCUGCAGCUCAUAACGGUGGCAACUACAACUCGGCCAUUUCCUCUGCGCAGUCUCGCAAUGGGUUGGGUAAUUUCGGAUCUGCUGUGUCGUCCGCUCAGAACGUUGGCGGUUACCGCGCUAGCACAGCGCAAACUGUACAGCAGCGUGGCGCAGCUCUCCAACACAGCGGUGCUAGCAGCAUCAAUGGUCCUGGUAUUCAAGCUGCUCAAUCUCACGCAGUCAACACCGGAUACUAUUAAAUUUUCGAUUUUAAAGUUCACCUGAGCAAAUAUCGGUCCUGGCAGAUAGUGACGUUAUAACGUAAUCAAUUACCUUCAUGUCUAUAGGAAAAUCAUGUCGAGAUGGUUUGUUUGUGUGUUUUCCGUGGAAGUGGAUAUCUGCACAAUAUCUAAAAUAGUGUUUGUAGACAUGAUAUUCCAUCAAAGAAGACGUUGAGACGACUGACCUUCACUUGUCACAUUGUCUUCGAUAACGAAUCACAAAUUACGAUGUCACUUAUUAUUAUUAACUUAUGUGAUUUAAUUUAAGAGGAAACAGAACAAUAAAAAACUGUAAUUUUCAAUAUAUAUGAUUUUAUUGCAACUAUUCACAAAUCCUUUCAAAUUAAAACAUUUCAUCGAACAAAAAAUCUAGCACAUAAUUCUAUUUAAUAAAAUCUAAUUCUUAUUUUUGGCUCUGUUAUCAAAUGUAAUUGUUUUAACAUUACCAUAUACGUGACCGUUGUCGUUGAUGGCCGAAGCUGUUCGAAUUUCCCCAUUGCCACCAAAGCCAGAAUCAUAAAUACCAUCGAUUCCUUUAACCCAAUCAUUUAAUGCUCCAAAAUUACUAAGUCCAAUACCUUCAAAAUUGAUAGGGCCUAAGAAAAGAGGCAUUAAAUAUGGGUUUAAAGCUGACGUAGAAACGAAACCUCUGCCUGUACCAGCAGCGGCUCCCCCUGGUGUGACGAUGGAGAAACUCCUACCAAUAACUGGGUUCUCUUGACUCUGAGAUUCAUGCAUUACAUGGUUUGGAUACGCUAUAUUAAUAUACUUGUUGACAUCGGGAUCAGACGAUGAUAUGGCAACAAUAGCUUCACCAGACGGCGAUGACUCUGAAAAUGAUUACAAAAUUUAAUAACAACCUAUUCAUAACAAAAACGGUAUUUUACUGUCAAAGUUCAAUAGCUUAAAGUUCAUACAGACCUUUUAAAACUAGUGGUAUAGCCUGCGCUGCGGUAAGUACCAAAACUAAUAUAAAAACAGACCCCUUUGUGUUCAUAUUGAUAAAACUUAUAUAUUUUUUAAUUUCUUAAAGAGUAAUGGAGGAGAAAUGAGGCCGCAUACUUUAAUUCGCCGGUUUAUAUACGCGCUACAUGUUGGCAUAUAAUUUCAGCCCGGCUCCUCUUGGUUCACUGAACUUGUGGCUCUAUCAUUUGGACGUAUGUAGUCAUUAGUAAUGUUUUAACAGCUACAACAUUCACUGGUCAAUGAUUGUUCUUUCGACUCGUUUUUUUUUUCUACCUAUAAUAAAACUAUGAAGCGAAUAUUUUUAAUCUAAUAAAAGAAAAAUUAUCUAUGCUUAAACCAUUUACCGUUUACCUGUCAUUAGAUACAACUUUUUUAAGUAUAAAUAAAAACAUAAUAUAGAACUGUAUAAUUUUUUUUUAACAUACAAACAUUAGUUUAUCUAUGACCAACUUCUAAAAUAAGUAUUUUACUAUUUUACUCCACAACCAUAACAGAUUAAAAAAAUGCGAUCUGUUAAAUUGCACAUAUUUAAAAAAAAACAAUACAAACUUUUUUCUGUACUGUAUAUAUAUUGUAUACGUUUAAUAUUACCUCAUCUCCACCCA